CUAAAAAUCACUGGUAAGAUGGCGAAUUCACAUCCUCCAUCGUUGGACGACCUCGACCUUGAUCUGGACAUCGACUUAACCAGGGAUGACAUCUUCCCACCUGCAGAUGCUGCCACCAUUCUCAACCCAAAAUCUCUCAAUGUUUCAAAACUGAGUCAGAUUGACCCAAACCCAAAUGGAUUCGGUCAAUCCGGGAGUCAGCUGAUUGAGACCCGGGUUUUCAAGUCCUCGCCGGAGUCGGUCCAAACCCAAAUGGAUUCGGUCAAUAGUGAAGGAGAUGAAAAGAGGAAAUUAAGAAGGAUGAGGAAUAGGGAAAAUUCUCAGAUUUAUAGGCAAAGAAAAAAGGAUUACGUUGAGGAGUUAGAGGAAAAGGUGAGGAUAAUGGCUUCAACAAUCCAACAUUUAACAUUGGAGAAUGCGGCUUUAAAGUCGCAGAUGGGCAGCACUGGUGUGCCUUCGCAGAUGCUGCUACCACCACCCCCUGGGAUGUAUCCUUGGAUGCCUUAUAUGGUGAAGCCACAAGUGCCUUUGGUUCCCAUUCCGAGGUUGAAACCACAAGGUAUGGCUCCUGCACCCAAGAGGAGUAAGAAAGUAGAGAAUACGGAGACCGAGAUGAAAACCAAGAAGGUUGCAAGCAUUACUUACCUUGGCUUGUUGUUCUUCAUGCUUCUAUAUGGUGGACUGAGAAGUGGGUACAAUGAAAGGCAACAUGGAAGGGUUUUCACCGUUGAUGGCCGAAUUAAUGACCAUUACCGCACUCCUGCUGAUGGGGAUAAAGAUAAAGCAAAGUCAACUAUUCAGCAAUGGUUCCUCGAAGGCGUUGCUGGGUCUAUGUUGAGCUCAGGCAUGUGUACUGAAGUCUUCCAGUUUGAUGUGUCUUCAUCUCCCGGAGUCAUUGUUCCUGCUCCCGCUGUUAGUAAUGUUUCUAUGGAACAGAGGCAGAAUGCUACACGCACCAACAAGCGAAGAAAUAGAAGGAUCCUUGAUGGUCUUUCUAUUCCUGUUACGGGAGUUUCUCACGACGACAUAUCUGAAGAACAUGAGGGAAGAAGUGGAAAAAAAGAUGCCCUUGCUGGAAAUAGUUCACGUUCUUCAAUGGUCGUCUCUGUGCUAGUUGAUCCAAUAGAGGCAGGUGAUGGCGAUGGUGAUGGAAUGAUUGGACAAAAGUCCACCUCUCGGAUUUACAUUGUUGUAUUGAUAGAUAGUAUGAAGUAUGUAACCUAUUCUUGCAUGCUUCCUUUUAAAGGAACUGUUCAUCUAGUGUUGUAAAUGCAUCUUUACUGAUCCCUGAACAAUUUUGUAGAUUCAGGUGAAAUAUAGUGUUUACACCACACAUA